GCAUUAAAGCUACAGAUUCAUGGGCGGAUUUGGAAAUUCUUUGGCUGUCAUUGGGGCAACCGUAUUGUGUGUUUGUCAGCAUCAAAGAAGUGAAUAAUAUAUAUAUAUAUAUAAUAGUUAUUAGUAUUAAUUAUAAUAUUCCUGCCUUCCCCCUUCCAUUCCCUUCUGCAUAAAAACAAGUCCUCCUUUUCUUUGCCUUUCAUGAAUAAAUUCGCCUGCCAAUUUCUUGUGUGGUGUUUAUGAGGUUUUCCUUUUUUACUCUGUCAACGUCGUUUAGCGUUGCGCCACAUUUUGAUUUCUUUGCCCUAAUUGUGCUGCAGGCUUUCAACAGAGUAGAGUAGGUUUGGCGAUUAUCUCCCUUCUCUAAUUAGCUGCGCAGGUUAUUCCUAGAGACCUGUGCAAUUGAGACUUCUGUGGAAAGAUCCUACAUUAAGUAUUCCUCCUAUAUUGAAGGUUAAACCACCUAUCAGUAAUUAUCAACCUUAGAUAUACACUUCAACAUAUGACUGAGCAGUCAUGAAAAUGAAGGAUCAUCCUUCCAGGGAUAUACCAAAAAAUGAUGACAGCCAUGAAAAUCCAGGCAGUCCUCGACACCGACAGGUAUCAGCGAGAUGGGUUCCUGAUGAAGCUUGUAAGCCACUUGUUGAAGAUGCUCCAGUCUUCUAUCCAACUGCAAAGGAGUUUGAAGACACCAUUCAAUAUAUAGCAAGCAUAAGGUGCAAAGCUGAGUCAUAUGGAAUUUGCAAAAUUGUACCUCCUCCAUCAUGGACUCCACCGUGUUUGCUAAAAGAUAAGCAUGUUUGGGAGACUACUAAAUUUUCUACACGAAUUCAACAAGUAGACCUCCUUCAGAACAGGGAGCCAAUGAGGAAAAAAUAUCGAAAGAGAAAACGACGAAGGCACUUUAAUUCUAGGAGGAGGAAGCGAUCUCGCCCUGAAAGCACUGAAUCUAAUACUGGUGACAGUGAAGAAAAAUUUGGUUUUCAGACAGGAUCUGACUUUACCCUGCAGGAAUUUCAAAGGUUUGCUGAUGAGUUUAAAGAACAAUACUUUGGAUUAAAGGACAAAACACAAGAAUAUUCUGUUGGGGUUGGACAAGAUAUGAGGAUGCUGCCCUCAAUUGAACAGAUUGAGGGAGAGUAUUGGCGGAUUAUAGAGCAGCCUACUGAUGAAGUUGAGGUAUACUAUGGAGCUGAUUUGGAAACUGGAAUGCUAGGAAGUGGGUUCCCAAAGAAGUCAACAUCAUUGCCAGAUUCUAAGAGUGAUCAAUACGCUGCAUCAGGCUGGAAUUUGAAUAACUUUGCACGCCUAUCUGGUUCUGUUUUGAACUUUGAAGAGUGUGACAUCUCUGGGGUAGUUGUGCCAUGGCUUUAUAUUGGAAUGUGUUUUUCAUCCUUUUGUUGGCAUGUCGAAGACCAUCAUCUCUAUUCACUGAACUAUCUACAUUGGGGAGAUCCAAAAGUUUGGUAUGGAGUUCCUGGUAGUCAUGCCUGUGCGUUGGAGAAUGCAAUGAGGAAACACUUGCCUGAUCUAUUUGAAGAACAACCUGAUUUACUAAAUGAGUUGGUCACUCAGUUGUCUCCUUCAGUUUUGAAGUCUGAAGGUGUACCAGUGUAUCGAGCAGUACAGAAUUCUGGGGAGUUUAUUCUUACCUUUCCAAGAGCCUAUCAUGCUGGAUUCAACAGUGGCUUCAAUUGUGCCGAGGCAGUAAAUGUGGCCCCUAUUGAUUGGCUACGACAUGGACAGAGUGCAGUUGAACUCUACAGUGCACAGUGUCGCAAGACAUCAUUGUCGCAUGAUAAGUUGCUUUUGACUGCAGCGAGAAAAGCUGUCCAUGCUCUUUGCCAGAUCUCUGUUCUCAAGAAAGAGAGUUUAGAAAAUUUAAGAUGGAAAAGUUUCUGUGGAAAGAAUGGGAUGCUUACUCAGGCAGUCAAGACAAGGGUUCAUUUGGAGGAGAAAAGAAUUCAGCAUCUCCCUGGAAACACAGAAUUUCAGAAGAUUGAUAAGCAUGUUGAUCUUAAUGCAGAGAGAGAAUGCUUCUCUUGCUUUUAUGAUUUACAUUUAUUCGCCGCUUAUUGCGACUGUUCCUCGGAUAAGUUUGCAUGUCUCAAACAUGCAAAUCUCACCUGCGGCUGUGACCCAGACAGCAGGCAUGUUCUUCUUCGCUACACCAUUGAUGAGUUGAACACAUUGAUCAAGGCAUUGGAAGGGCAGUCGGAUGCUUUAGAAGCAUGGGUAUACAAGGAUUUUGACCAUCCUUUAAAUUCCAAAAAAAUCAUUUCUGGCCAACACAAGUUGUUUGGGGUCGAUCUGUCUACUCCAAGUAUCCAACUCAAGCCUUCAUUGAAAAGAGAAAACUUAGACUAUCUACUUGGCGACACUCCCAAGGCUGAUUCAGAUUCUAAAGUCGGAGCCAGAUUUCUUGUUGAAAUUGUAAGUUUGGGAUCUGUUAUUCAUGGAAGGCUAUGGUGCAACAAGGAUGCUAUAUUUCCCAAAGGUUACAAAAGCCGCGUAAAGUUCUUCAACAUUUGCAACCCAUUGAUACAGAGUAGCUAUACUUCAGAAAUCAUGGAUGGUGGGCUCCUUGGUCCCUUAUUCAAGGUUAGUCUUGAGGGGCAUCAGCAAGAGAGCUUUGUGCAUCUCUCCGCAGUGGAAUGCUGGGAAAUGGUGUUGAAGAGACUUAAUCAGGAGAUUACUGCACUGGCAUCUGUUGGAAAGCAAGGCCUGCCUCCGUUGCAAUCUUCAAGUUCCAUCAACGGCCUUGAAAUGUUUGGAUUUCUUUCUUCGACAAUUAGCCAGGCAAUCGAAGCUCUUGAUCCACAUCACAAAUGCUCAGUAUAUUGGGACCAUAAACUCCUUGUGAAGAAAACAUCAAGCUCCCACAACAGUGUGCGUGGGGAAAAGAGUUGCUUGGAGGUGAUAUCCGAUGGAGGUGAAACUGCUGCUAGUAGUUUUGGGACGGGUUUGGGCGUGCAGGAGGGCCAUAAGUUAAUGGUAGGCAGGGGUAAUACUUUAUCAAUGCAAAAGACAGUUGAAGGAAACUAGAAUUGGAAUAAUGCACAGUAGGAUGAAUAAUUGGCAAAGGAGGAGGAGGAGGAGGAGGAGGAGGAGGAGGAGGAGGAGGAGGAGGAGGAGAAGCAAAGAAAAUUGAUUUAGCUACUGACAGAGACAGAGAAUAGCAAAUACCAAAACAUAGGGAGAGAUAGAGAGAACUUCCAAUCCAUUCCAAACCAUUCUUUCAAGAGUAAUGAGUAUUUUGUAGGGGGUGGAUUUGUCAUGUGUUCAAAUUUGGAAGAGAGGGGAUAGAACAUGGUGGCUGUUGAUGUUUUGAAGGUUUUAGUUUGUACAAAUUAUAGUACAUUUAACAUGAUUGGCUAAAUAAAUAAUUUUUGGUGGAAACCAAUAA